AUGACGUACUGCGGCCGGCCGUCUACUGCUUGCCACGCGUGCAAGAAAAAGCGAGGCAAGUGUGACAAGAGGCAGCCCGCGUGUGGCCAGUGCAUCAGGAAGCACAUCCCCUGUCCUGGGUACCGAGAUCCAAAAGCUAUUAUCGUCAGGGAUCAAACCAGCCAAGUUCUUGACAAGGCGCGUGCCAGAUUGGGAAAGAGAACGACGCGUCGAGAGCUCAACCCCCCCAAAACACUGUUUGAGGUACCGAUCUCGACUGGGUCUCGGAAAAUCGAUGACUCAUCUUCUAUGUCCGCCACAUCCCCGACUCAUCGUUUCACAAAGGCUGAAGCUAUUCGCCGGGGUGCCAUAUUGACUCUGGGUAGUAGUUUAGCCUUGUCACCGCAGGAUGCUGGAACUGCAUUCUUCUUGUCUAUGUACGCGCCAACCGCGUCCUUGGAGUUCUUAUCAAUUAUAGCCUUUGACUGCCCAACUGAGCUUCUCAAGUCACCGGCGCUGCUUGCGCCUGCACUAGCCAUGCUAUCCUACGAACUCAUGGAGCCGUCGCUGAUGACCCUCGCUCGCAAAAACUACCUUGCGGCCAUUCAGAACGUCAACGCAGCCUUGUCAUUGCCGCAGCAAGCGGCCAAUCACAGCACUCUUGCCUCAGUGCUCCUCUUGGCUCUUUUCGAGGCUAUUGCCUUCCACCGCCGUGACUCGUUGAACAACUGGACAUCCCAUGUAGAUGGCGCCGUCCAACUCGUCAAGCUCCGAGGACCCCGUCAGUUCGACUCGGCCUUGGGCCGUGCCCUAUUUUCUGACGUCAGCAAUCAUACCUACGCAUCAUGUGCGCAGCGCCGUGUUCCUGUGCCUGCAAUUGUAUCCGAAAUGCGGACACAGUUGGGUAACUUCAGCAGCAAUAACUCUCUAGUGGUCGACCUUGGCACGGUUCUGGACUCCAUGUCUCGCCUCCUCGCGAAGUUAACAUCGACGAACACAGAGGACACGUUAGCACCAGAGGUUGUCGUGGCUCAGGGGUGCCUGUUGGUGUCGCAGAUAGACUGCCUGCUAGAUCAAGCAUCUACACUCUUUCCCUACGAGGUGAUACCAACAGCUGAAGCCCCAGAAUUUGCAUUUAAUGGCAUUACUCACAAGUAUCCAAGCCCUCAGUCAGCCCGGUACUGGAACAUCCUGCGCGUCAUGAAGUUGUUCAUCAGCAAAUGGAUUCACCGGUCGGGCACCGCUCUCAUCGACUGCAAUGCGUUGGCCCAUGAUUGCACAGACACCCUCCGGCAGAAUAGACUCAACCUUCUCGACUACACGAAAUCAAACGCGGACAAAGUCGCUGUGGAUAUCCUCUGCAGCGUGCCCUUCUUCCAGAGCCUAGCGUCUCGGUCCUAUCUGAGCCAGACACAGCAGACUUCCAGAGGUGUUCGAGGCCGUGAAGAUGCUGGAUAA